ACCUACUCCACUUCUGAUGACCCUCCACUAGUUGGAGCAGUGGCCACUUACUCUUGUGACACUGGCUAUGAACUGAGUGGUGCUAGUACGAGGAUUGUGUGGCUGUCAGUGGAUGGAGUACAUCUCUACCUGUUUGCAAUCUUGUUGACUGCAAUGACCUCGCUAACCCGGACAAUGGAACAGUGGACACAUCCUCUGGAACCACCUUCAUGAUGACUGCUACCUACACCUGUAACACUGGAUACAACAUUGCUGGAUCAAACACUCGGACUUGUGGGGCCACUGCAUUGUGGACUCCAGAUGCCCCCACCUGUGCACCUGUUGACUGUGGUUCCCUCACUGUUCCUAUUAACGGGCAAGUUAGUACAUCCUCUGGAACCACCUUUAUGAGCACAGCCACCUACACCUGUAACACUGGCUACACUCUCAAUGGAGUAUUAACUAGAACCUGUCAAGCUAAUGGAAACUGGGACCUAACCGUACCUACCUGUGAUCUUGUUGACUGUGGCCCCCUCACUGCCCCCUUCAAUGGAGCAGUGAACACAUCCUCUGGAACUACCUUCAUGAUGACUGCUACCUACACCUGUAACACAUACAAUGGAUCCACAACCAGGACUUGUGGGGCUACUGGAAUCUGGAGUGGCAGUGAACCAACAUCUACCAUCUACCUGACUCUGGGAUCAACCUUAUAUAAUACCAAUAACAUUGAGAUACUCAUCACUGACAUUGGACAAGAUGACUUAGGUGCACGUGGUGGUCUCCCAUAUCUCACCUGUCACACUGACCUCACUACCUGCUGUAGAAAUGUUGCUGACAACGGUGGUAAUGGACCACUAGGACAGUGGACGUAUCUUAAUGGGAGUGAGGUACUGAACAAUAAGGACUCAACGACUGCUGGACAGCAGUUCUACAGGCUAAGGAAUGAACCUCAGCUCAUCAGACUAAACCGUAGACAGAAUGUCAACCCCCUCACUCCAACCGGGUCCUAUUGUUGUACUGUACCAACUACUGGAGGAAGUAUGACCCUCUGUGCUAACCUGGUUGUGUGCCCCUCCCUCCCACCACUGAUGGAUGGAGUGAUCUCCUACUCUGACUCAACACUGGGUGAGAACACUGUGGCCACUCACACCUGUGAGGCUGGGUCUGCCCUCACCACUGACCUCGCUACUAGGACCUGUGGAGUGACUAGUAGUGGUGUGGGUGACUGGUCCGGGUCACCUCUGGUGUGUGCAGGGACUGCCUGUCCAGACCCCACUGAUCUACAAAAUGGAUGGAUCAGCUACAGCACUGUAUCAGCUAAUAGCUACAGACGAGUUACUACUGUGGCCACCUACUUCAGAAGUUGUACCGUUGGCUUGGAAACUGGCGGUACCUCAGUGAGGACGUGUAGUGGUGGUGUUUGGAUUGGCAGUGAACAACCUUGUAUAGCUUCCAAUACCACCUGCUCUCACCACUUGACUGCUCCAACCAAUGGAAUGAUUGGCUAUAAUGCAGAAACCAUGGACCCUAGACCAGUGAACACCGUGGCUACCUACACUUGUAUCACUGGAUACACUGUGACUGGCAGCAACACCAGGACUUGUGGGAGUGAUGGAAUGUGGAGUGGGUCUAAACCCACUUGUACAAUUGUCACCUGUCCAACCCUCACUAAUAUAGCAGUCAACGUACCUAGUAACAACUUUGGAAGCACUGCAACCUACACCUGUAACACUGGCUACACUAUCAAUGGAGACACCACUAGGAUGUGUCAAGCUGAUGGAACCUGGAGUGGGACUGAACCAACUUGUCAGCUGAUCUGUCCAAACCUCCCUGUACCAACCAAUGGAGCAGUGAUGUACAGUGACACCACCAUGCCCAGAGCUGUGGACUCCAUGGCUACCUACACCUGUAACCCUGGCUACCAGGUGACUGGACUGAUGGUGAGGACGUGUACUGUCAGUGGAUGGAGCACUGGAGAUGACCCUGUCUGUAUUGCCAUCUGUCCUGACCUCACCCUCACCAAUGGAGCAAUCAGUUACAGUCCAGCUACCUCCCCCAUACUAGAGAGAACCACGGCUACACACAGCUGUACUACCACUGGGUACCAACUGUCCUCAUCCACUACCACUAAGACCUGUCAGUCUGACAGAAUGUGGAGUGGAGUAACCCUCACUUGUAACCCUGUCCCCUGUGGCAACCCUCCUACUGUUAUCAAUAGUGGCAGGACUUUCACUGGUACCACAUUCGGAGCAAUGGCUACCUACUCCUGCAACACUGGGUAUCAAAGGUCAGGAUCAGCCACGAUAACUUGUCAGGCUAAUGGGAGCUGGAGUGCAGCACCAGUGUGUACAGUGGUUGAUUGUGGCUCAUUGAGUGCUCCUACCAAUGGAGGAGUCAUGACAACAGGAACCACCUACCAAAGUACUGCUACCUACAGCUGUGACAAUGGCUACACACGUAGUGGAGAUCAGACCAGGGUUUGUCAGGCUAGUGGAGACUGGAAUGGGUCAGAACCUGCUUGUAAUCUUGUUGACUGUGGAGCUCUAACUGUUACCAAUGGAACAGUGGACACAUCCUCUGGAACCACCUUCAUGAUGACUGCUACCUACACCUGUAACAAUGGCUACACUCUGACUGGAGACACCACCAGAAUGUGUGGGGCUGGUGGGAGCUGGACACUCAUGGAGCCUACUUGUGUUGUUGUUGACUGUGGCCCCCUCACUGACCCCUCCAAUGGUAUGGCCGUUAAUACACCCACUACCACAUUUGAGAGCACUGCUACCUACUCUUGUAACACUGGCUACACUCUGACUGGAAAUAUGACCAGAACUUGUCAGGCUAAGGGAGACUGGAGUGGGUCUGCUCCAACAUGUGAUAUUGUCGCCUGUCCAGCUCUCUCUGACCCCAACAAUGGAAUGGUUGAUGUGCCUAACAACACCUUCAUGAGCAAUGCCACCUAUGCCUGUGUCCAUGGCCACAAUCUGACUGGAGGCAGCACCACCAGGACUUGUGGGAGUGAUGGAGUGUGGAGUGGCAGUGAUCCAACGUGUACUCCUGUGGAUUGUGGCUCUCUCUCUGACCCCUCCAAUGGAGCAGUGGACACAUCCUCUGGAACCACCUUCAUGAGGACUGCUACCUACACCUGUAACACUGGGUACACUCUGACUGGCAGCAACACCAGGACUUGUCAAGCUGAUACAGACUGGAGUGGCAGUGAACCAGCUUGUGAUAUUGUCACCUGUCCAGCUCUCUCUGACCCCACCAAUGGAAUGGUUGAUGUGCCUAGCAACAACUUUGGGAGCAUUGCCACCUACACUUGUAACCGUGGCCACAAUCUGACUGGAGAUGCCACUAGGACUUGUGAGGCUACUGGAAUGUGGAGUGGCAGUGUAGCUUGUAAUCUUAUUAACUGUGGCGACCUCACUGGCCCGGACAAUGGCUUGGUCACUAUACGUAUUGGAAACUUUGGUAGCAAUGCUUCCUACACGUGUGAAACUGGCUACAUGCUGAAUGGAGAUAUGACCAGAAUGUGUCAGGAUAAUGGAGACUGGAGUGGGACUGCUCCAACUUGUGAUACUGUUGACUGUAGUGACCUCACUGACCCCACUGAUGGAGCAGUGAACACAUCCUCUGGAACCACUUUUAAUAUGAAUGCCACUUACAGCUGUAACACUGGCUACAAUCUAAAUGGAACAAACGCUAGGACUUGUCAGGCGGAUAGAAUGUGGAGUGGCAAUGAACCAGCUUGUGAUAUUGUCACCUGUCCAGCUCUCUCUGACCCUAAUAAUGGAAUGGUUGAUGUGCCUAACAACAACUUUGGGACCGUUGCUAACUACACGUGUAACACUGGCUACAUGCUGACUGGAGAUGUAAUUAGAGUUUGUGAGGUUACUGGAGACUGGAGCGGGACUACUUCAACUUGUGAUAUUAUCACCUGUCCAACUCUCUCUGACCCCACCAAUGGAACGGUUGAUGUACCUAGCAACAACUUUGAAAGUACUGCCACCUAUGCCUGUGACACUGGAUACAAUCUGACUGGAGGCAGCAGCACCAGGAUUUGUGGGAGUGAUGGAGUGUGGAGUGACAGUGAUCCAACAUGUACUCCUUUGGAUUGUGGCUCUCUCUCUGACCCCUCCAAUGGAGCAGUGGACACUUCCUCUGGAACCACCUUCAUGAUGACUGCCACCUACACCUGUAACACUGGAUACACUCUGACUGGCAGCAACACUAGGACUUGUCAAGCUGAUACAGACUGGAGUGGCAGUGAACCAGCUUGUGAUAUUGUCACCUGUCCAGCUCUCUCUGACCCCACCAAUGGAAUGGUUGAUGUGCCUAGCAACAACUUUGGGAGCAUUGCCACCUACACUUGUAACCGUGGCCACAAUCUGACUGGAGAUGCCACUAGGACUUGUGAGGCUACUGGAAUGUGGAGUGGCAGGGUAGCUUGUAAUCUUAUUAACUGUGGCGACCUCACUGGCCCGGACAAUGGCUUGGUCACUAUACGUAUUGGAAACUUUGGUAGCAAUGCUUCCUACACGUGUGAAACUGGCUACAUGCUGAAUGGAGAUAUGACCAGAAUGUGUCAGGAUAAUGGAGACUGGAGUGGGUCUGCUCCAACUUGUGAUACUGUUGACUGUGGUGACCUCACUGACCCCACUGAUGGAGCAGUGAACACAUCCUCUGGAACCACUUUUAAUAUGAAUGCUACUUACAGCUGUAACACUGGCUACAAUCUAAAUGGAACAAACGCUAGGACUUGUCAGGCAGAUAGAAUGUGGAGUGGCAGUGAACCAUCUUGUGAUAUUGUCACCUGUCCAGCUCUCUCUGACCCUCAUAAUGGAAUGGUUGAUGUGCCUAACAACAACUUUGGAACCGUUGCUAACUACACGUGUAACACUGGCUACAUGCUGACUGGAGAUGUAAUUAGAGUUUGUGAGGUUAAUGGAGACUGGAGCGGGACUGCUUCAACUUGUGAUAUUAUCACCUGUCCAACUCUCUCUGACCCCACCAAUGGAACGGUUGAUGUACCUAGCAACAACCUUGAAAGUAUUGCCACCUACGCCUGUGACACUGGCUACAAUCUGACUGGAGGCAGCAGCACCAGGACUUGUGGGAGUGAUGGAGUGUGGAGUGGCAGUGAUCCAACAUGUACUCCUUUGGAUUGUGGCUCUCUCUCUGACCCCUCCAAUGGAGCAGUGGACACUUCCUCUGGAACCACCUUCAUGAUGACUGCUACCUACACCUGUAACACUGGAUACACUCUGACUGGCAGCAAAACCAGGACUUGUCAAGCUGAUACAGACUGGAGUGGCAGUGAACCAGCUUGUGAUAUUGUCACCUGUCCAGCCCUCUCUGACCCCACUAAUGGAAUGGUUGAUGUGCCUAGCAACAACUUCAUGAGCAAUGCCACCUACACCUGUGUCCGUGGCCACAAUCUGACUGGAGGCAGCAGCACCAGGACUUGUGGGAGUGAUGGGGUGUGGAGUGGCAGUGAUCCAACAUGUACUUCUGUGGAUUGUGGCUCUCUCUCUGACCCUUCCAAUGGAGCAGUUCCCACAUCCUCUGGAACCACCUUUAUGAUGACUGUCACCUACUCCUGUAACACUGGGUACACUCUUACUGGCAGCAACACUAGGACUUGUCAAGCUGAUACAGACUGGAGUGGCAGUGAACCUGCUUGUGAUAUUGUCACCUGUCCAGCCCUCUCUGACCCCACCAAUGGAAUGGUUGAUGUGCCUAGCAACAACUUUGGGAGCAUUGCCACCUACACUUGUAACCGUGGCCACAAUCUGACUGGAGAUGCCACUAGGACUUGUGAGGCUACUGGAAUGUGGAGUGGCAGUGUAGCUUGUAAUCUUAUUAACUGUGGCGACCUCACUGGCCCGGACAAUGGCUUGGUCACUAUACGUAUUGGAAACUUUGGUAGCAAUGCUUCCUACACGUGUGAAACUGGCUACAUGCUGAAUGGAGAUAUGACCAGAAUGUGUCAGGAUAAUGGAGACUGGAGUGGGUCUGCUCCAACUUGUGAUACUGUUGACUGUGGUGACCUCACUGACCCCACUGAUGGAGCAGUGAACACAUCCUCUGGAACCACUUUUAAUAUGAAUGCUACUUACAGCUGUAACACUGGCUACAAUCUGAAUGGAACAAACACUAGGACUUGUCAGGCGGAUAGAAUGUGGAGUGGCAAUGAACCAGCUUGUGAUAUUGUCACCUGCUCAGCCCUCUCUGACCCCACCAAUGGAAUGGUCAGUGUGCCUAACAACAACUUUGGGACCGUUGCUAACUACAUGUGUAACACUGGCUACAUGCUGACUGGAGAUGUAAUUAGAGUUUGUGAGGUUAAUGGAGACUGGAGCGGGACUGCUUCAACUUGUGAUACAGUUGUCACCUGUCCAACUCUCACUGACCCCACCAAUGGAAUAGUUGAUGUACCUAGCAACAACCUUGAAAGUACUGCCACCUACGCCUGUGACACUGGAUACAAUCUGACUGGAGGCAUCAGCAUCAGGACUUGUGGGAGUGAUGGAGUGUGGAGUGGCAGUGAUCCGACAUGUACUUCUGUUGACUGUGGUUCCCUGUACGCCCCCUCCAAUGGAGCAGUGGACACAUCCUCUGGAACCACCUUCAUGAUGACUGCUACCUACACCUGUAACACUGGAUACACUCUGACUGGCAGUAACACCAGGACUUGUGGGGCAAAUGGAGGCUGGACUCCUAAUCCACCCAUUUGUGAUCCUGUUGACUGUGGCCCCCUCACCGACCCCUCCAAUGGUAUGGUUGAUGUAACUACUACCACCUUUGGGAGCACUGCUACCUACACCUGUAACACUGGCUACAUGCUGACUGGAGACACUACUAGGACUUGUGGGGCUGGUGGACAGUGGAGCUCUAGUGCACCUACUUGUAAUCCUGUUGACUGUGGAGCCCCUCCCACCAUUUCUGAUGGCAGUAGGACACUAGCUGGUACAACAUUUGGAGAGACGACCACCUACACCUGCACCACUAGUGGGUUCAGUAUCUCUGGAUCAGCCACCAUAACUUGUCAGGCUAAUGGGAGCUGGGAACCUGAGCCAGCCUGUACUAUGGAUCCCAUUGAUUGUGGGACACCUCCCCCUGUCUCUAAUGGCUCUCCUGGGGCACCCUCACCUGACACAAUGCUCAAUGGAGUGGUGACCUACACCUGUGUCAGUGGGUAUGAGGUCUCCCCUGGAGUCACCACAGCAAUGGCUACCUGUAUGGCUAGUGGGGCCUGGGGACCUCUACCAACUUGUGCAGGUGUCUCAUGUGGUGACCCUCUCCCUGGCAAUAAUGCAUCUCCUGGAACACCUGACCCUGACACAUUGUACCAAGGAUUAGUCCUCUACACCUGUAAUACUGGAUAUUGGAUCUCUCGUGGAGCUUUCUCAAGAUUUGCUAGCUGUAGGGCUGACAGGACCUGGGGGCCUCUACCAACUUGUCAACUAGUGGAUUGUGGCUCCCCACCCUCCAUUGGCAAUGGCUCUCCUGGAACACCCACCAGAACAACCUACCAAGGGACAGUGACCUACACCUGUGUCAGUGGAUAUGAGAUAUCCAAAGGAGCAAUGGCUACCUGUAUGGCUAGUGGGACCUGGGGACCUCUACCAACUUGUUCACUUAUUGACUGUGGAGCCCCUCCCACUAUUUCUGAUGGCAGUACGACACUAGCUGGUACAACAUUUGGAGAGAUGGCCACCUACACCUGCACUAGUGGGUUCAGUAUCUCUGGAUCAGCCACCAUAACUUGUCAGGCUAAUGGGGGCUGGGAACCUGAGCCAGCCUGUACUAUGGAUCCCAUUGAUUGUGGGACACCUCUCUCUGUCUCUAAUGGCUCUCCUGGCACACCCUCCAACACAAUGCUCAAUGGAGUGGUGACCUACACCUGUGUCACUGGGUAUGAGGUCUCCAAUGGAGUCACCACAGCAAUGGCUACCUGUAUGGCUAGUGGGAUGUGGGAGACUGUACCAACUUGUUCACCUGUGAAUUGUGGCUCCCCUCCCUCUGGUACCAAUGCAUCUCCUGGAACACCCACCAGCACAACUCUUGGAGGGACAGUGACCUACACCUGUGACCCUGGGUACUGGAUCUCUCGAGGAGACAUCACAACAACGGCUACCUGUAUGGCUAGUGGAGUGUGGGAGACUCUACCAACUUGUUCACGCAUAGUUUGUGAAGCUGAGCGUGAUUCUGUAUGGUGGCUUUUCGUCCCUGCCACUUUGGCUGGCACUUCAUAUACCCAGCAAUGCCCACAAAAUGGAACUGGAACAACUUUAGGUACUGCGACUCGUUUCUGUACACUGGGUGGUGUCUGGGAAGCAGUGAUCACAGAUAACUGCACUAGGGAAGUGAUAAUCUCACUUAGUAACAUGGCAAAUGAACUGUUUUCUAGAAAUGCAUCUCAGAACAAUGCAUCUCAGAACGAAGUUGACAACCUUCUUGUUUCUCUUACGGAGGCUACUAGUGUAAAUGCAACAGGAGACUCCACCAUAUUCCCCCAAGAUCUCAGCACUACUAAUACGAUCGUCAAGUCAAGUGUGAACUACCUCGUUCAAAACGUUGAGAUUGCUAGCCCCGUGUCUUCUCUCAAUUUUAGUGAAGAAGUUAUGAACAUUUUCAACAAUGUUCUGGAUGAGAGGAAUAUCGGAGGAUGGGAAAGAUUGCAGGAGAAUUCUGCUGCUGAAAGUCAGCAAUUGCUGUUGAGUGCAGAGUUAUAUGGUCAGUAUGUGUCAUUGGCACUAAGGAGUGAAGCUGUGGAUACAGGCAACAUGACGGAGAUCACUCUUGUGAGACAGAACAUCGUUCUAUCUGCAAUGGAAGUUGACCCCACUAAUUUGGAUGACAUUAUCUUUCCUAAAGUUGUCAAAGUCAGUGAAGAAACAGGCUCAGCCCAGAGUACCAUAUCAGCUGCUCUUCUGGCGGAGAGAGGCUCUCAAGAGGGGAAUGUUACAGCAGUCAACAUUCUAUUUUCCAACUUGGAGGAUUUUCUUCCAAACACCAAUCUUGAAAUGAACACCACCAGACCAGUAACACAGGUUAUUUCUAGUCAAGUCUUCUCCAAUGUAAAGUUAAAUAACUCUCAGACACGGGCAACCUUCAGAUUCACCACCCAAAAGUUUUCUGAAGAUGAAGUUGUUGAAAAUGCAAGAUGUGUAUUUUGGAGUGUUUCUAGUGAUGCUGCCAACAGCACGUGGUCCAAGGAAGGUGUGACUACAGUCAGUGUGGAUGAAGACAAGCAAAUGAGAGUAUAUAAUAUUGUCUGUGAGAGCAGUCACUUCACAGCAUUUGCUGUUCUAGUGGAUGUCACUGGAGCACUGAAUGACACAACUCCAGAGAUCAGGUUUGCUCUAUCGGUGGUGACUUAUGCUGGUUGUUCCAUCUCCAUCUUUUUUCUAUUUUUUUCUAUCUUCUAUUUCUUGUCACUGAGAAAAGAGCUGUUGACCAAGGUUCAUUACUUCAUCCAUCUCAACCUGUCUAUUUCUUUGCUCCUUGGUUACCUGGUGUUCCUGACAGGAGUGGAGACUGCUGUGGCCAACAAGGUAGCGUGUGUGUUUGUGGCUGCUCUCCUUCACUACUUGUUCACUACUGUGUUCUUUUGGAUGCUGUGUGAGGGAAUCAUGCUCUAUCUCAUGUUGGUGGUUGUCUUCAACCGAAUAUCCAAGAAAUGGUGGAUAUUCUUUAUUAUUGGAUGGGUUGUUCCAGUGAUACCAGUGGCUAUAUCUGCUGGAAUUAUUCAUGACCAGUAUGGCACAGAAGAGUAUUGUUGGAUUGCUGUUGGUGGCGGUGAUAAAGGAGCCAUAUGGGCAUUUGUUGUACCGAUGCUACUAGUUGUUCUGGCGAAUAUAUUCUUCCUCUUGGCUGCUUUGCGCAGUGUCUAUAAUCUGAAAAAAUCAACCAUGCAACAAACUGGGAAGAAGGAAUCUUUACAGUUAUUCUCACAACUCUUCAAGGCCUCCGUAAUUCUCCUUCCAUUGCUCGGGCUGACUUGGGUGUUUGGUCUACUCUCAGUCAACAGCAGCACCAUUGUGUUUGCAUGGUUGUUCUCUAUCUUUAACUCACUGCAAGGCUUGUUCGUGUUCAUCUUCCAUGUGCUCAGGAGUGAAAAGGUCACAAACUUCCUAAAGCAGUGCAGAAAGAGUGUUGCAUCAACUUCUACCUCAGGAAAAUACAAUACGAGCAAUCCGACGAGUGUUUUCCAGCUCCGAAAAGUCAGCAUGCAAGAUGAAGUCAUUAAAGAUGAUGAGAUUGCAUCUGCAUAGAUACUAUACGUUUACACGCUUAUAACUAAAUAUAAAGAUUAUGAUAAUAUGAAUUUUGUGCUAUAUAUAUAGCUGCCUAUAGUAUCACCAGGAGCAUACGUAUUCUUGAUAUUAGACUAGCUAUAUUGUGUUAAUUAACUCUUGGUAAGCAUCAUGAAUAAUAUUAUACUGA